AUGGUCCGAGGAGCAACCACAGAUACCACAAUCACCACCAUCACCACCCAGAAUGCCAGUACAGCUCAAGAUGUGCGAACUCAAGACGCUCUCAUGACGUUGGACCUCUCGAGGCCGGAGAAAGCGAAACAAGUUCAACUAAAACUGAGGAAAAGAGCUUCUCAACUAUCGGAAUGGUCCAGUUCCGAGUCUGAAGACAUUGACAUCUACGAUCCAAUGCUUUGGGAAUGUUUUGGCGAUGUUAAUAUACAACCAAGUGAGCGAAGACCUCAAGCUGGACGACCUUUCAGUAUCAUAAGGGCUUUCCCCAUGUUGGAUAGAUGGAUAACAUAUCAGAGCAAGCGGUGGGCUAGACUGGGCAUCUUUUUACAGGCUUUUUACGAUUGGUGGCACGGGAGUAGACAGGUAAAACUUUGAUUUCGAACUUAUUUUUGGGAAUUUUUUGAAAAAAUCGAAAAUAAUUUUUGUUUUCGAGCUUUCAAACUCUGUUUUCCCAAAAUAUUUUGGUACCUACAACAAUUCCCUAUAUAAAAAUAUAUUUUUCCUACUUUAUUUAUCAAUUUACUUUUUAGGGAAUUGGCCAAAAAUACUUCCUGGACCUAGAAAACGAAAGUUCCAAGCCAGAAGUCGAUAACUUUUCCGUUGCUGAAGAUGAACAAAGAGAAGUGGAACCAAGAGAAGCUGUUGAAGAAUACCCGUGUAAAUGGCAGGUAUAUGACAGCCAUGAUAACGACAGCUCUAUUGAGUCAGAAGAUUCUGAUUUAAUGACAUUGGAAGACGAGUUAUGGCCAGUUUAUAAAAAUGUCAAGGAUAACAAGGAUGUAAGUCAAGGUUUUGGUUGUUUUUUUAGGUAAUAGUUGAAUAUUUUAUGUCAGUUUGAUGUUUAAUUAUAUUAAAAAUAAGGAAACGACAUAAAUUUACAAAAAUUUAAAGUUGUGAAGCUAAAAUUAUAUUGUUUUAGGUAAAACAACCGGUUUUCGUUUAUUUUCACAACUUUUUGCAUCGUUUUUCCUCCCAAAACUUGUAAAGUACGAAAAAAUAAGAUUAUAGAUAGGAUACGACACAGAUGGAGACCUGUCAGACAUGGAACUUCACAAUCACAAGAAGCCGGAAACUCAAAAACGUCAAAUUGGAGGAGCUCCAAUCGAUAUCCAAUACAUUUCUGAGGAUUUGUGGGAUAGGAUGCUUGAUAACGAGGCUGAGUAGGUUUUUACGUUAUUUUAUUAUGUUUUUAGGUUGUAAACGUUAUUUUAAAGUUUUUGGGUGAAAUAUUGUACUUGGUUUUACUCGAAAACGGCAGAAUGAUCAACAGAGUGGCUAAAAUAAGGUUAGGCUGAUAUGUUCCGUUGUGGUCUAGUGGUUAGGAUUUGCGGCUCUCACCCGCAAGGCCCGGGUUCGAUUCCCGGCAACGGAAGAAACUUUUUUGGGGGUUUUGGCUGUAAAAAUGGAUGGUUUUGCAUAUUUUUGGUAUUUUAACUUAAAAAAUGUAAGAGUAAUUUACAUUUUACACCUUUACUUUGUAUUUUUUUAGAUUUUCGCCAUUAGCAUACGAAGCAUCAGCUAAAAGAAUAGAAAAAGGUGAAAAAGAUGAAAAAGCUAGAGUUACAGAGCUCCAGAAUUGCGGUCGAAUACUCAAAGGUACUAGGAAUAGUACAAGAAGGAUUAAAAAAGUGUUUAAAUAG